AUGAGGUUCGUCAUAUUGGCGGGCCUGGUGGUCCAGACUCUGGCCACCCAAGUAUCCUUCCAGACAUCUUCUCAGUCGUCUUCGGCAUCGAACAACCAGGCCCAGCAAUGGUCCUGGCAGGGUCAGGACCUCGCAGGAUCCCCCAGCAGUCAAGAGGACAGUUUCCACCCAUCCACCUUCACGGGCCCUGAAGAUCAGAAACAGCCUCAGGGAUUCGAGGACCACUUAGGGGCCCAGUCCACCUCGGGUGGCCAGAUCGCCGAGCAGUACUCCCAGCAAUCGGUGGACUCCGUGAUCGAUGAUAUUCUGGUAUCUAACCGGCAGGGCCGGAACCUGGAGGGCUUCGACGAGGUCUACGCGGACCCCGACGUGAAGACCGCCCUGCAGCUGGGGAACGACACCAUAGCUCGUUCCUACAUCAGGGAGAAACUCUGCUCCCUGGGCCUGAUGAACUGUGAUACCGCGGAGGGUAGGCGGCCAUUCUACUCCCCCCAUCGAGACAUCCACCCCCACGACAUAAUCUACGCCCAGCCGGUGACCAUCAAGCCAGUGGGUCGACCAUUGCCAGCGAUUCCCGUAAAAAGACCCUACGGACCCCCUAAACCUGUCCCUGUCCCAGGGUUCCACCCAGGUCCCCCAGGGUUCGCGGGCCCCUCGUUCUCCGGGCCCCACUUCACGCCUCCUGGAGUCAUCUCGUCCCAUCCUCCCCCUGGAUUUUCUGGGCCCUACCCAGGGUUCAAGAAACCGGGUCUCCACCAUACCUCCAAACCCGUGUACGAAGCUGGGAUCGACGGGGAGUACGACUUCGAGGACAAGUUCAUCGACAAGAAGCAGAUCGUUCUUCAGCAACCUGGGGCAGCGGUGCAGCAGCACGUCCACCACCACUUCCACCAUGGAGAGGGAGAACACGGGGCGGGAGCAGUCCCCAUAAUAGGGCCCGGACCCAUCGGUAACAACGGGUUCAAUGGAUAUGGAUAUGGAAAUGGAGGGACCUAUGGGAGCUCGUUUUCGGACUUUGAGGGGUACAAGAAGGCUUUCAAGGUUAAGGCCCCAGGAUCGGGCAGCAAUCUUCUUUCCAGUGGGUCUGACAGCUAUGCCGAUCGCUUCCCCUCCUAUGAGAAGCCGAAGAGGGACAGUGUCUUCGACUCGACCAAGGGAUUCUCCGGGUCCAGCAACACCGGGAAGCAGUUCAACGGUGGUUUCGGUGGGUCCAGCAACACCGGGAAGCAGUUCAACGGUGGUUUCGGAGGGUCCAGCAAUUUCGGGUCCAGUGGGGGCCUGGGAUCCAGCAACCACUUCGGGUCCAGCAGCUUCGGCUCGAGCAACGCGUUCGGUAGCUCUGGUCAUGGGUCUAGUAAUUUUGGGUCCAGCAACUUUGGAUCCAGCAAUCUUGGUUCCGGUAAUCUUGGGUCCCAUGGUGGGUCUUCCGGUUUCGACAACGGCUUCUCGUCCAGCACCAACGAGGACUGCGUCUGCGUACCUUACGAGCAGUGCGCGACCGUGGACCAGCUGGGCAGGAAGGACGACCUGUACCUGGCCAUCGAUCCCAGGAACCUGGGCAAGGACAUCGAGGCCGAGACCGUGGAAGUCGUCGUGACCGACGGAAAUGGGACCAGCAGCGUCGUCAGGGUGCCCAAGGAGGUGAAGAACGAGACCCAGCGAGAGGAUGGGGAGAAACAGCUGACCGGAGGCUCCAGGAACGAGAAGGCAGGAUCGAGGACCAAGAGGGACGUCAAGCACCUCGAGCAGGAGGACCUGAAGAAGGUCCAAGGCCAGAGCCGGCUGAUCGUCGGCAACCUGGACACCUCGAAACUGAACGUGAAACCGACUUGGGGGGUCAGUUUCGGGCUUCCUCAGGGUCAAGGAGGGACGUACCCCGUCAACCCAUACGGAGGGGGUGUGCUGGCGAACCCAUAUCCAGGGUACGGGGCGGGGGGGCAGGGGAUUAACCUGGGCCUCGUCUCCGUGAACCCCCUGCUGUCGGUCCAGGUGACCAAGGACGAGUACGGCGACAAAGUCGUUAAGCCCUUCGUCAACCUCCACGUGACGCCAAACCAGGGCCUGGUGAACAAGGUCGGGGACUUCCUGGCGUACAAGAAGCAGGCCCUCCUGGGGCCGCAAUGGGGCAACUACGCCCCCCAUUACUACCCCCAUGGCCCAGUCUAUGAGAAACCCCUGAUCGUUGAAAAACCCGUACACUAUCCGAUCAAGCCGCCAUACUCGGGAUUCAAUGGGCACCAGAACCAUUUCCAUCAACAUCAUCAUCAGCACGGACACAAUGGAUACGGUGGAUUCGGACACGGUGGGUACAUUAGGGAGGGGAACGACUACGAAGAGGACCCUGAGGAAGACUACGAAGACUACAACGACUUCUUCAGAAGCUCUAGGAAAAAUAUCACCGCCACCCCCGGGGUUGGUGGAGGCAAGGACCUUCCUCUUCGGGUGCAGCUUCAGGGUAGAGGCCAGGGCAAGGUAGCCUUCCCAGAGAGGAGGAAGAGAGAAAUUGUCGAUGACGUGCAGGUGCAGGAGAGGUAUUUUGGAAGACCUCCCGUCUGCGGACCUCGCCACGUGUGUUGCCGGCGCCCUCAGGUCACUCCCGGUAGACCUCGACCUGGACAAUGCGGAGUGAGGAACACCCAAGGGAUCAACGGAAGGAUCAAGACCCCGGUCUACGUCGACGGCGACUCCGAGUUCGGAGAGUACCCAUGGCAAGUGGCGAUCCUGAAGAAGGACCCCACCGAGAGCGUCUACGUCUGCGGAGGUACGUUGGUCUCUCCUCGUCACAUCCUGACGGCAGCCCACUGCGUGAAGACGCACGCCGGUCGCGACCUCAGGGCGAGGCUCGGCGAGUGGGACGUGAAUCACGACGUGGAGUUCUUCCCCUACAUCGAGAGGGACAUCGUCAGCGUCUACGUGCACCCUGAGUUCUACGCAGGGACUUUGUACAACGACAUAGCGAUCCUGAAGCUGGACCACGACGUGGACUUCGAGAAGAACCCCCACAUAAGUCCGGCCUGCCUCCCGGAGAAGCAGGACGACUUCAGCGGCAGCAGGUGCUGGACCACGGGAUGGGGCAAGGACGCCUUCGGCGACUUCGGCAAGUACCAGAAUAUCCUGAAGGAGGUGGACGUCCCCGUGGUGAGCAACAACGUCUGCGAGCACCAGAUGCGCAAGACCAGGCUGGGUCCCAGCUUCAAUCUGCACCCUGGCUUCGUCUGUGCCGGGGGUGAAGAGGGCAAGGACGCCUGCAAGGGUGACGGAGGUGGUCCCAUGGUGUGCGAACGCCAUGGGCGUUGGCAGUUGGCAGGAAUCGUGUCAUGGGGAAUCGGCUGCGGCCACGCCGGCGUUCCUGGAGUCUACACCAGGGUCUCGCACUACCUUGACUGGGUCCGCCAGGUCGUGGACCAGUACUAG